GGUUAAGUACUCUAGUAAUUAUAUAAACAAAAAUAUAGGGAAGGCCUGUUAGGUACGAGAUACAUUAUGCCCUUUAUUGUUAACUCAUGAUAUCCUCCAAAUCAUUAAAUCGGUCGUGACGAUGGUCAACCCCCAUUGUCUAAGCUUUCCUCCUAGACAACUUAAUGACAACACAGUUGACGAGUCGCAAUCCCGUAACAUCCUCAUAUUUUUCAUCUCCGGGAACCCAGGCCUUGUUGACUACUACGAACCAUUCCUAUCAACUCUUCGAGGGCUCCUAGAUGAGACAAUCUCACAACAACUUAGCUGUUUUCAGAUAUAUGGUCAAGAUCUGGCAGGUUUUCGUGAUGACGACCAUGAGCCCUUCACGCAACAGAGGAAGCCACACGACCUAGAAUAUCAGAUCCAGUACUCCCUCACUGCACUUAGCCAGCUACGCGUAGAGUCGGGCUCGCGAAAAGGACAACCCUACGACGAAGUUCUACUCAUAGGACAUUCCGUAGGCGCUUACAUUGCCCUCGAGCUCUUCCACCGGCUACUCCGGAACCAAGAACUGGCCCCGCAAUUAAACCUCACCUCUGGCAUCCUCCUAUUCCCAACCAUCCACCAUAUCUCAAGCUCUCCAAGUGGACAGAAACUCGACUUGUUACGCCGGACACCGGUCCUCGGCGACAACGCGUACCGCAUCGCACAGACAUUUCUGCAUCUGCUUCCCCAGAGUACCCUCCACUGGAUCGUGAGCAAGGUCAUGAGGUUCCCGACUCAUGCUGCAGAGAUAACGACGCGUUGGCUCAAGAGUCGUGACGGCGUGUGGCAGGCGCUUCACAUGGGCAUGGACGAGAUGAAAGUUAUCGGUGAGGACUGUUGGGACGACGAGUUAUGGGAGAUCGCCCACGAUGCCAAGGCCCACGACAAAGUUGUACCAAAGUUCUUCUUUUUCUUCGGCAAACACGACCACUGGGUAGCAAGCCACUACCGAGAUGCCUUCAUCCGUACGAGGGAAAAGCAAAUCGACCGUACAAGGUUAAUAGUGGACGAAGGCAAUAUUCCACAUGCAUUCUGUAUAAAUGACAGUGAAAUUGUUGCGCAAAAAGUCGCCACAUGGAUUAAUCAAAUGUACGGUACCAAUUAGCUGUUCAGUACAGAUCACAUAGCAUCUGUUUUGAAAAAUAUAUCACCA